CGCGCGCAGACGUGAGCGAGCAGCGCGGAGGCCGGAGUCCCUGGCCGCCCCGGCCCCUCGGCCCAGGGAGCGCCUCGCCACGUAAGGCGCACGUCUGGCCGGCUCCAGGAGCGCGCCCGCGCCUGCCCUCUUGCGCCCGUCCUGGCUCUGAAUUCAGCCACGUCACACCGGCGUCUCAGAGCCCACGGCACUGCCCAGCCCCGGGUCGGCGACGAGGAACCACGCGAAAAGCAACGCCUAGGGUUUGCUUGCUUGUUUGCGUGUGUGUAUCUGUAACAGAUACCUACUACGCGUAAUAGGCAGCCUGGUAAAAUGAGUCUAUGGAAACGGUUGCUAGGCUCUGUUAACAGCCACUUCCGGAAGUUCUCGAACGCUUGGGUAACAAUGGAGCGACUGGACCAGUGCAGCGCCCCUUCCGGUUUCGUCCCUCCUCGCAAAGCUCAUCUUUCCCAAGGUUGCCUUUCAGCCCGGAAGUGAGGUCUUCCGGGUUCCUCCCUUCCCCCAAGAUGGCAGCCGCCGAAGACGAGUUACUGCUGCCGCGGCUACCCGAGCUGUUCGAAGCCAGCAAGCAGCUUCUGGACGAAGUGGAAGUGGCGACGGAACCCACCGGCUCCCGGAUAAUCCAAGAUAAAGUGUUCAAGGGACUGGACCUCCUGAAGAAGGCUGCCGAAAUGUUAUCGCAGCUCGACUUGUUCAGCCGAAAUGAAGAUCUGGAAGAGAUCGCUUCUAAUGACCUGAAGUACCUGAUGGUGUCAGCAUUUCAAGGAGCGUUUGCCAUGAAACAAGUCAACCCCAGCAAGCGCCUAGAUCAUUUGCAGUGGGCUCGAGAACACUUUUUAAACUACUUAACUCAGUGCCAGUACUAUCAUGUGGCAGAGUUUGAGCUGCCCAAAACCAAGACCAACUCAGCUGAAAAUAACACUGCUAAUUCCUCCAUGGCCUAUCCUAGCCUCGUUGCUAUGGCAUCUCAGAGACAGGCUAAAAUAGAGAGAUACAAGCAGAAGAAGGCGGUGGAGCAUAGGUUGUCUGAGCUGAAAUCUGCUGUGGAAAGUGGUCAAGCAGAUGAUGAGCGUGUUCGUGAAUAUUACCUCCUUCACCUUCGAAGGUGGAUUGGUAUCAGCUUAGAAGAGAUUGAGAGCAUUGACCAGGAGAUAAAGAUCUUGAGAGAAAAAGACUCUUCAAAAGAGGCAUCAACUUCUCCCUCAUCUCUUCAGGACAAGCCUCCAAUGAAACCGUUUAUUCUCACUCGGAACAUGGCCCAAGCCAAAGUAUUUGGAGCUGGUUAUCCAAGUCUGGCAUCUAUGACAGUGAGUGACUGGUAUGAUCAGCAUCGGAAAUUUGGAGCAUUACCAGAUCAGGGAAUAGCCAAAACAACAUCAGCUGUUCACCCAUGGGCAGGCCGCAGUUGCUGUAAUAUGGAGAGUUCAAAAGAGCAGCUCAGCAGCAAGAAGAUCAAGAACAAGAGGAGGAAGAGGAUGAUGAACAAGCAGUCCACAGAGCUCGGGAGUGGGACGACUGGAAGGACACCCAUCCUAGAGGCUAUGGCAACCGACAGAACAUGGGUUAGUCUCCCCACAACAAGACAGGACUACAGGGGCUUCCAUCUUCCCCACCAAGGAAAGCUGUGCAGUCUUCCCCUCCCUGGGCUCCUGCUUCAGCCUUGUGCAAUGAAGGCAGAGACGCUUAAUCUUGCUUUGCAUUCGAUAAAACGUCAAACAUUUAAGUGUGUAUUUGUACCCUAGAUGAUGAGCCAGCAAUCUUGUUUUGGCAUUAUCAUUCUCAUCAUGGUUUAUUCCAAUUUUCUUAAGUGGAAAGAAAAGAGUACUGAGAAAUGGCUCUGUAUAAUCACUGGCUGUAUGAAUUCUCUUUAAAAAAUAAAAGUCCCUUCUAUCAC